AUGACUCUUCUAACACUUGGAUUGUAUCUGCCACUGUGGUUUUGUUAUGGCCUGGCCCAGUCCUCUUUUCUGGACAGCUUUAUUUCAUUCCCAGCAGGUAGGAAAACACCUUGCACAGCUCUCAGACCCCAGGAGCAGCAGAAGAGAUUCAACCCAUGCUGUUUACUGAGUCCACCUCCACCCCCACUGUUUCCUCCACCCCCUUCACUUUGGCGCCGCCACGCUCAUAAUGAAGGUUUUUCUAACAAUGGUGCUGAGUCUGAGCUGGGCAAUGAGCAUAAAGGUUCUCCCUGUGUCCGAGGCCUCCCUGGGCCUGCAGGUCCCCCUGGACCUCAGGGUCCACCUGGAUUACCUGGCAUAGGGGGGCCUAAGGGAGAAAAGGGAGAAAUUGGAAGACCUGGGCAAAAGGGUCGGACAGGUCCUCCUGGACUUCCUGGGAAGCAGGGACCAGCUGGAUGGCCAGGACCAAGUGGGCCCAAAGGUGAGAAAGGAGACCCGGGGCUGAUGGGUUUACCUGGAGCCAGAGGACCAAUUGGGCCGAGGGGUUUACCUGGGUAUAAAGGUGAAAAGGGCUCUCGAGGUGAUCGUGGUGAGAGUGGAGUGAAAGGCGACAAGGGUGCAAUGGGUUUCCCAGGAAUGCUUGGACAGAAAGGCGAAAUGGGUCCAAAAGGAGAACCUGGAAUCUCAGGAAACAGAGGACCCACUGGCAGACCAGGGAAGAGAGGCAAGCAGGGAGUGAAAGGGGACCCAGGCAGUACUGGUCCUAUGGGACCUGCAGGCCCACAGGGACCUCAAGGCCACCCUGGUCCUCCUGGUUCACCUGCCACAGGUCUUUACAUGGUUGGAACAAAGGGUGCACGUGGUCCACCAGGGCCUCCUGGAAAGUGUAGCUGCAGCAGCUCUGCAUUUGAUGAUUAUUCUUCCAGAGGAAACUAUCCCAAAGUACCAGCGAUAUUUGUUGUUAGCAAUGAGGAAGAACUGGAGCGCCUUCACACUGAUAACGCUCUUGCAUUCCGCAAAGACCAGAGAUCGCUCUAUUUCAAAGACAUUGAUGGCUGGCUGCCAAUCCAGACUUUUCCAUUCCAGCUGACACCGUUCCAGUCCAUGGAAAACGCACCUGAUGAUGAAGGUUACUGCGGUGACGGGAUAGUGCAGAUUUCCAGUGGGGAGGAGUGUGAUGACAGAAACAGAGUCGUCACUGACAGCUGCGUCAAGUGUAAACACGCCUACUGUGGAGACGGAUAUCGCUAUGAGGGGGCUGAGGAGUGUGAUGGAAAAGACUUUGGAUACCAGACAUGCAAUUCAUAUCUUCCAGGGUCAUAUGGUCACCUCAAGUGCACACCAUACUGUGUUAUUGACUCCACAAACUGCAAGUACUUCACUUGAGGAGGAGGAUGGACAGUGCAGUGGGAUCCUCUGUGUGUUGUUUCUCUUGACACAUAACAGGAAUAUUUUCAUGCAAAACAAAGAACAAUAAUGCACCAAGCAAGAGACUCUGAAGGAAGAGGAAGCCAAUGAUUCUAUGACGAAAGAAAAUCAAAACAUACAUAAAUAUAACUCCUCUGUAUUGCUGCUGAGAUGCCA